AUGGCCAUUCCCAAGCCGACAGUAAAACAGAAGAAACGGAGCAAGAAGUUUGUGGCGAGAAAGGAUGAGAAAAACCCGAAGCCGACCCAAGCCGGGUCGCCUGGGAUCUGGAAGAUAUUCGGAUUUGGGUCGUUUAAAUUGGCCUCGUCGUCGGCUCCAGGGCGGAAGAGGAGAUCCAACAGUACUUCCAACGUCGACAACUUAUUUGUCUCCAACAAACUUGGCGGGGAAAGGGGACGGUGGCGGCAUCGACACAGUCGCUGA